AAGCAAACUAUUUUUUAUUCACAGUCUCUUGUCAAUAGAUUUAUCUAUAUCUACCCCACAUCACAUUUUGAGCUUUUUCGUUCGCACUUUUCUGCGUCGCUUAUUGCAAACUCUUGUCAUCACAAAUGGAGGCCACUCAGGAAUCAACCCAGCCGUGCACGGAUCCUCGCCGUGCCGGCUACAACAAUUCCGGACUAUUCGAAGAUGAUAUGACGGAUAUUAUCUGUAUCUUGCACCCCAACUCGCCUGCGGCUCAUGAAGCGGUGGCAGCAACCGCCCGCCAGAGUCCUCAGCAUAUAUUGCAGAGACAUGCACUAGACUACGAGUGUUCCGAUACUGCCGCAUUGGACUUUGCUCUUCGCCUAUCUUCCCAGGUCCGCGACCCUUGCGCAGGCUUCUACUUUGGACGAAAUCCAAGUCGCAGCGACCUCUUGCUCACGGCGCAGGGCGACAUGGGAAAGAUCUCCAAUACACAUUACCGCAUAUUCCUUACAGAAGACGGGAUCAUCAUGCUCGAGGACAUCUCAACAAACGGUACGAUAGUGGACAACUCCCGUCUUCGGAAGACUCAGAAAGAAAGGAGCCGUAUGCUCGUCAACGGUUCAGUGAUUCAAGUCAUGAAUGGUGAGAAUGCGUCGGAUGAGGUCCGCUUUAUUGUCCGGAUACCCUCGCGGGAUGGGUACAUGAUGCAAUAUACCGAAAACAUCGUACGCUACUUCGAGCGAAUCUCGAAGCUCCAGCCUCAGCAGGCUGGUAAGAUGGCUCGCAAUCAUCGCGCGACACCCGCACCGGCCUUGCAAAUGUCUGGCUCCAAUACCUAUGGAAUGCACUGGUCUGGAGGGUCAACAUAUAAUGUCACCGGUCAGAUUGGAAAAGGUGCAUUUGCUACAGUGUAUAAGCUCGCUACCAAACAGCACGGUACCGUGUAUGCUGCCAAGGAACUCGAUAAGCGACGAUUCAUGAAAAAUGGCAUACUCGACAAGAAGGUUGACAAUGAGAUGCAAAUCAUGAGAGACUUGAAACAUCCCAACAUUGUGCAGUAUAUCGAUCACCACGAACACGACCGUUGGAUCUAUAUAAUCAUGGAGUAUGUCCCUUGCGGCGAGUUAUCUACCUACCUGCAGUUGCAUGGAAAGAUUGAGGAGGACAUGGUAAAGCCUAUGGCCCGCCAGAUCCUACAUGCGUUGCAGUACCUUCAUGCCCGCAAGGUUACGCACCGUGACAUCAAACCGGACAACAUCCUAAUCUCGUCUUUCGACCCUCUAACGGUUAAGCUGUCGGAUUUUGGUCUCUCUAAGGUUGUCCAGGAAGAGACUUUCUUAAGGACCUUCUGCGGCACACUCCUGUAUUGUGCACCGGAAGUCUAUCCGGAAUACGAGACGUAUCGACGUGGGGAGAUCAAGAAGCGGCGUCGGUUGGGUGAUCCGCCUCCGCAAACAUCUCCUUAUGGUCAGUCUGUCGAUAUGUGGUCGCUGGGCGCCGUCCUUUUUCAUUUACUCGCAGGUGUCCCCCCGUUCGCUCCACGUGGCGAUGAUAGGGGAGCUCAAAUGCUCAGAAUUAUCAUGACUGAGGACGCCGAAUACGACCAGCUCCGUAGCGUCGGAGUUUCAGAAGAGGGCAUUGACUUUGUUGCUCGGCUCUUGACUCGUGACCCUCAUUCUCGACCGAAUGAGAGACAAUGCUUUCAGCAUCCUUGGAUAGCCAACGUUCCCGACUUUGAUCAGUAUGAUGACAACGAAGAUAAAUCUGACAUGGUCGAGGGGCUGCCAGAUAUUGGGGAAGAUGCUGAAGGGGAGUUAGAUGCAUCGCAGCUCUCCCUCAACGAGAAAGCGGUAGAAAUCCAUGAAGAAGGAAGCGACCUGGCUCAAUCCAAGAAAAUCAAACUCGAUUUCCCUUCAGCCAGCAUUCGUUACCCGUCACUCCCAGAGCUCGAAAGCUUUGCGUCCUUUCAGCCAGUGGCACAAUCUACACCCAAACGCCUUUUUGGUGAGAUCACACCAUCGGUUCUCCACAGUUCCCAUGCGUUGGGGGAAAAUGUGGACGCAUUCGAGGGCGAUGAUGAUUUCAGCAUCAAUGACUUUAUGUCUUCAACUGGUGAGUCGAUGAUAAGCGACGGCAACAGCCUAUUUUCUAUCCUCUCCCUCCCGGAAAACCCCAUUGCCGGAUCCGCACCUAGCUUAAUGGGAGCUGAGAAACUUAUUGGGCAGCUGAACGUGAACUCACUGGAUCCUGGCACCUCGAGUCCCAAUCUUCAGGGCGUCGAGGCACAGGAACCGCCAACUAAAACGAACAUAGGCGACCCGGUCAAGCAAGCUUCGAGCACGAAACAGCGCACCGAUGUUGUGGAAGAGACUCCUAAGCCUUCGGCCAUUUUCAGUCGCCGGAUAGAACUGCCCAUGCCUGAUACUGCUAGUGACCGUUCCAGUCCAGGGUCUCUUGCAAAGGAAAAGACCAAAGAACCCAAGGCUGAAAGCGGAGAGGAAAUCUUUAACAUUGAACUGGCGAACACGAUUGAUGCCAGAACAGGAAAGCAACUACUGGAUAUAAACAAGAGGCCAGAACCUCCGGAACCACCUACGGAGCCUGAUCCUGAACCAGAUGGUGUGCCCCUUCGAGUUCCGCAACCUAUGCCGCAACGCAAAGAGCCUCGGCUUCUGGGCAAAUUGAGCACGCUACCAGGCUCCAUCUUUGACCUCACUCUUCGAUUGGAGAAUCGAAUGACUUCAUGGGGUCGCGGACCGCAGGCAACCAUCUGUUACCCCGAACCGAUGGAUACACGGAUUCCUGCAUAUGCCCUGGAGGUGACGUUCUGGGCGCCCGCGAUCGAGGCCAAAAUCGCCGAGGGUCAAGACUGGCUGAGUUUGCCGGGAGUUAUGGCCAUUCUUUCGACUAAGACACGCAAAUGUAUCUGGGUCAAUGGCACUGAGCUACGCCGGGGGCCUGAGCAGGACAACAACAACCGGGAAGGGUUUCACUUCGGCAAGCUUUACACGGGUGAUGUGAUUACUGUCUACCAACAUCGAAACAAAUUUUUGAGAUUCGAGUGCGAGUUCUAUCAUGGAGAUAGCGCGCGGCGGCGACCAGAAGCUGAGAAGGGAUUCACAGUUCGCAAGGUGCUGAUGCCCAAGGAGAAGGCGGCUAAUCAAAUGCCGGUGCGCAAAGACUAUGCGAGGAAGUAGAAGGGACCUUGCUUGGCCGAGUUGGAUAUGUCAAUAGAACAUCCGAGGCUUGUACUAUGCGAAGAUGGAAGCUAUAUAUGAUUUCUUGGAAUGAUGUCCUUUUUUUGAAUUGGAGUUUGUGCUGGAUUCAGGAAGGUGGGACGGUUA